AAUGUAUCUCGAUAUUAUACCCCUCCCACUGCCUCCUCGGCCUUCGCAUAAACACAUCUGCGUUUUGGCCGAAGUCUCUUGAGGGAAAUGCAGGGAAGUACAAAUUUCCGGCUGUUUUCUUGGCAUAGGUUAGUGCAUUUUCUAAAUCUGCCACUGUCCAAAGUUCCCCCUUUUGCGUCUUGGGUGCUUGUAGGAUUGCGAGACUCGACGAUUUAGGGGCACUGUUUUGUAUACAAUGCUAAAGAGCCUCCAAGAUUUGUCUCCACAACCAGGGAAGGGGGAGGGGGUGGAUUUAAUUGUAUUUCCAAAUGCAGUCUGCAAAAGAAGUUAACCAAGUGCGUUCAUCUCUCUCUGCGUGCAUGUAGCAACGGAUAGAUGGACGAAGCUGUCUGCUUGUCUCACCAUCGCUCGCUCUCUUGUCUCAAACAAAACUCUUAGAAACUGCUCCCCCACCCCCCACCCCCACCGCAAAGGAAGAUGGAAUGCAAAGGAUAAUAAAAAAAAAAGCCAAGGCAGCUGACCAUUGGGGAUGGAAAGUUUGUGGAUGGUCUGGCUGUUAUUUCUUUGUUUGAUCUGCUCUGCUGAAUCGUUCUGUCCCUCGCAAUGUGAGUGCCAGCUCCAGAACCUGCUGUGUACAAACCGAGGUCUCCGCACGGUUCCGGAAACCCAGCAAAAUGCUGCGGACAUCCUGACUUACAGCUUAGGGGGCAACUUUAUCAGCAACAUCUCCGACUUGGACUUCCCGCAUUUCACCGGGCUGCUCCGGCUGGAUUUACAGUACAACAAGAUCGAGUACAUUCAUCCCAAAACUUUCGAGAAACUUGCCAGACUGGAGGAACUCUACUUGGGCAAUAACAUCAUCUCUAUCAUCCCUGUCAAUGCUUUCCAUUAUCUCCGCAGACUGAGGCUUUUAAAUAUGAAUAACAAUUGCCUGAAGAAGUUGAAUCCAAAUGUGUUUUCACAUCUAGGUAAUUUAAUGAGGCUCAGACUGGACGGCAAUUCUCUGAAGAUUUUGCAAGAUGCGGUUUUUAAACAUUUGGGGAACCUCCUUUACCUGCAGUUGGAGUCCAACCAGAUCCACACCAUCAGUGGAAAUACUUUUAUAAACUUAAGGAAGUUGACAUAUUUAAACCUUGCCAAGAAUAACCAGACUUCCUUACAAAACAGGGCCGUGUUUGCCCAUCUCAGGUCACUGAUCACUUUAAUCCUGGCCGAGAAUAAUAUCAAGUAUAUCGGAAACCGAGUGUUCCAAAUGCAGCAGAAACUUUCCAGGCUGUCUCUCAGCCAGAACAAAAUCUCUCAUAUCGCCACCGAAGCCUUUGGAGGCCUGGGUGGGUUAACGGAGCUGCUCAUUAAUGGUAACCUACUGAGAGAAAUCCCAGAUAAACUGCUGGACCCUUUGCAAAAGCUGGAACAGUUAGAUCUCAGCCAGAACCAUAUCAGCAGUGUGCACCCACAAGCGUUUAAAGAGCUAACAGCUCUCAAGGUGUUAAAACUGAAGAGCAAUCACCUGACCUACCUACCUGGGGAUGUGUUUGUGUUCAGCAACUCCCUCUAUAGCCUUGAUCUGAGUGAUAAUAACUGGACGUGCAACUGCCGCCUCAAAGGUUUAAAGCGGUGGAUGAGCUUGGCACACGGUCAAGGAAGGCUGCUCACCAUCUUUGUUCAGUGUAAUGAUCCCCCUGUGCUGAAUGGAAGAUAUCUCGAUUAUUUGACAGAUUCAGAGAUGCAAGCAGCUGGCAGGGCUGACCUGUGUCACUCUCAGAAGGCACAGCCUUUGGUCAACCAUUCUCAAGGUGCUCCAGAUGGCAUUGUACUGUCCCCGGUGCACGUCAAUGUGCAGUCGGAUCAGGAGCGGUUCCUGCAGCCAGGCAAAACGCAGACUGAAAGAACCAUGCGCCAACAAGAAGCUGACACCCGGCAGAAAGCACCUUCUUUACCGACAACGGUGUCCAACCUAUUGCCUAAAAGUAAGCAUGUCAUUCUCCUACCUAAACCAACCAAAACAUUUACAACCAGUCCGAGCUUGGGAAGUGUUGGAGAAGCUCCGCAGUCGCAGACUGUGACACGGGACACCUUAGAAGUCUUUACUCCUUACACAACUGUCCUGGUUUCAUCCAAGUCAGAGCGUUAUUAUCUCCUCAAAUCUAAGGACAAGUUAGUGCAGAAACCACUGAUAACAGAUCCAUGUGAGUUUAACAAGCUCUACAUUACCAACCUAACAGUGGAUGAGGUUACCUCAUCCACUGCCACGAUCAGAUGGAAGGUAGCACACCCUGGUUUCAGAAACCCUAUACAUUUUCGGGUGCUCUUUGACCGGUUUGGCCAAUCAGUGACAUUUCAUCGCUUCAUCUACGUCAAGGAUAGAUUGGAAUGGGUCACUCUGAGAGAACUGCAGGCAGAGACUCCUUAUAUUGUGUGCCUGGAAAGUGUCAUCUCUGACCAUGUGUGCCAAGUAGCUUCCCGCGAUCAUUGCCUGGGGGUCCUCACCUUGCCUCUGAAGAAAGGUGCCCUGGAUGUGCAGCAUUUUAUUUUGAUUUUAUCGGCUGCCAACGCUUUCCUGGUCUUCCUUGGCCUCACAAUCUGGAUGUCCCGAGUGCUGAGAAAACUGCGAAGGAAACGGGCCCCAGUCAACGUGAGACGGAUGUACUCCACGCGCCGCCCAUUGCGCUCCAUGGGCUCUGGGGUUUCAGCAGGCGACUGUGGAGGCUUCCAGUCCAACAGAUCGCGGUCAGUCAUGUAUCAACUGAAUGAGGCUGAUCUGAUGGAUUUCCAGUCAGAUCGGCUGAUGGACAUCAGUUUAAGGAGGGAAGACCUUGGACAACGGUAUGCUGAUUAAUGCUCAUAGUCAAGUUUGCAUGUGGAUGUUAAAACAAAAAGGAAAUGACCUAAUGCCCUAUUACUGGGUUAAUGUGAUAACAAGAUCACUCUGCUUGACCAAAGGUUUCUUGUAGUUUAUGGUCUAAUCGCGUUAAAGUAGCAGUAGCAGUGUCUGUAACGUUGGUUUGAGGAAGUGUCAAUGUUGAUAAAAUGCCUUUCAGACAUCCCAAAGCACUUCACAGCAAAGAAAGAUAAUAGAGCCAAUUUGUGCACCAAGACCAAAUAAGUAACCGGAAAAUGGGUCGUGUUAUGAUUCUGUUUUGGGGAUAACUAUUGGCCAGGACACACAAGAACUCCUUCUUCACAGUGGGAUGAGAUCUUUUCCAUCCACUUAAAAGGGCAAACAUGAUCUCAGCUUAUGUUCUCAUCUGAGAAGUAGCAUCUCAGAUAAUAUAUGGAUCUCUAAUUACUGCACUGAAGCCUGAGGCAAAAUUUAUAGGCCCAAGUCUCUGGAACGGGGCUGAAAGCCACAAAUCUUUAUCUGAAGAAAGAGUGCUGCCCCUAUCCAGUCUGACAUUUUUGGAGAAAUAUUACCACACUUGGUUUGCUUUGUGUCCAAACUAGUCCAUUAAACUAAAUCUAUGUGCCUAACUCUUUCUUUCAUUGCAUUUUUCCAAAGCUUAUUUUUCACGAUAUACUGUAACCUCACCAGUCCAGAAUACUUGAGACCAUUCAGUUCCGAAUGUUGGAAUUUUCUGGAUUAUGGGAAUGACUAAACACAAGCUUGUGAAUCAGAAAAAAAAACUCUAGAUAUAAAUAGUGACUUGAAACAUAAAGCAUCAAUAACCAUUACAUUAAAAAAUUUACUUAUCCAAAUGUUACAAUUUCCAUGCUUCCACUUCCACAAUAUGGUACUAAAUGAUACACUGACCUUGAGAGAAUAUUUGGGUCUGCUCAAAAAAUUUGCAGACAACUGGUGAUUCCAAAUAAUAGAUUCCUGGACUGGAGGGAAUACAAUGGAAUAUAAAUGGUACUUUCAAGCAACUUACAAAGUUGAUCAUUUUAGAGAAAUAUUUCUACUGUGUACAUAAAUGGUGGCUGUUUAUAUAAUGCACAUUUUCACACUAAUUUUUCAGGAUUGGCUAUAUACAAAGUAGUAGAAUAAUUUUUUGUUACAAAGUGCACCAUCGCUUCAAUGUUGAUCCAACUUCAAAACCUUACCCCUGAAAUCUUUCUGGAUAGUGUGGGCUUUUAUCCCAAGGAAAUUUAAUGUGCAGUAUUUCGACACACAAAUUUGCAAUUUCAAUGUACUUUAAGCAAAUAUAUUGCCAAAUUCCCACAGAAUGUGUACAUAUCUAUUUAACUACGUAUCUAUCCACAUAACUGUGUUCCAAACAUCUGUCAUAUUUCAAGUAUGACAAAAAGUAGUUUUGUGCUGUUUUUCUUUGAUGUGGAACAAAACAUUUACAAUCAUUUACAAUCAUCUUCAGAUCUGUAAAUUUCUUUCACAAAGCGGCAACUUAACUGAUUGACUUCAGAUUCUGUAUAGUUACUGAAAAUAGAUUUUAUUCUCUCACAGAUACAGGGAAACUUCAAUAGUUCCAUCUUAGCAACAGAAAGAAUCCUACAGCACGAAAGAGGCCCAUUUGGUUCAUUAUGUUUGUGCUGUUUGAAAGAGCGAUACAAUUAGCCAGAAGUUACCAUUGAUUUUACUUCCAACUCUUUUUUUUCUGGUGAAUACAACUUGUGUGGAAAAAAAAUCAUCCAUGGUUCUUCUGCAACUCACCUUGAAUCUCUGUCUUCUGGUUUCUGACCCUCUUGCUAUUAGAAACUGCCUUAACUUUUUCCAUCAAACCUUUCAUUAUUUUAAACUCUUCUGCUAAAUUGCCCCUGAUGAUUUUAAAGUGCUUGUAAUGGCUGUAUAAUGUUUUGAACCAUUAAGGCAUUUUUGGCAGCACACAUUUCUUUCUUUAACAAAAUAUUACUAAUGUUGGAAAGUCUAAAAUAAAUCCAGAAAAUGCUGGAAAAACUCUACAGGUCUGGGAAUAUCCUCAGGGAUAGAAAAUCAAAGUUCAUAUUUUAGAUUAAUGGCUUUUCAUCAGGUGAUUAGUUCAUCAACCCAAAUUAUUAACUCUGUUUCUCUUUCUGCAGAUGCUCUCAGAUCUGAUAAUAAUUUUCUGAUUUUAGUGAAGCAUAUCUUCCUUGCUUUUGAACAAUAGGUCUCUGUUUAUGAAGUCCAAGGAUCGCAUUUACUUCUUGGCAGUGUUUUCAACUUAGAUGCAAUAUGUGUUUUGCAAAAAUUAGUGCUCAAUGCACAUCACCCAAUAUACCCUGAAUAAAAUUGCAGGGCUAGUUUUACCAACCAGUUUUCUCUGGGUGCUCUGGUUUCCUCCCACAGUCCAAAGAUGUUAGGUGGAUUAGAUGUGCUAAAUUGCCCAUCGU